AUGCUCGCGCCCAUGCUCGCGGCCAUGCUCGCGCCCAUGCUCGCGCCCAUGCUCGCGCCCAUGCUCGCGCCCAUGCUCGCGCCCAUGCUCGCGCCCAUGCCCCUCGCCCAUGCCCCUCGCCCAUGCCCCUCGCCCAUGCCCGCAAGCAUUCCUGCGCCCAUGCCCGCGCGUAUGCUCGCCCCCGCGCCCAUGCUCGCACCCAUUAUGGCGGAGUGGUGUUCGCGCCUUGCUCGGAGCAGUUCCCCCGUUACAGCUGCCUCCCUCCAUUCGGGAGGAGCUUGCGCAUGUCGCCGCGCGCGCGCAUCAUGCCAUUUCUCCGCUCCUCCCCCUCCCCCCGCUCCCCCGCUCCCCCUCCCCCUCCUCCCCCUCCCUCCGCUCCCCCGCUCCCCCUCCCCCACCGCAGACUACUCCUCCCCUUCGCCCCCCGGAGUCACCAUUCACGGGCGCGGCUGCGCCACGUGCAUCCGCGGGCAGCGCUGCUCGUUCCGCCUGUCCGUGCGCGCGCCCGCGCGAUGGGCGGAGGGGGUGCUGCAUGCGGGGAAGCGCGGGUGGUGGAAGCGCGACGUGACUGUUACCAUGCGCGGACCCGCCAUGGGCGCGGGGGACGUGAGAUGCCUUGACCCGCCGCGCUGCAGGGAGAUGCGAGUGACGUACCGGCUGUGGGAUGGAGGAGAGUACUUGGCUACGAUGCACAUAGGCUGCGCCAACCUGCAAUUCUCACCACUGUACUAUCAGCACCUCAACAAGACAGCUCAACACGACCUCGUCUCCUGGCCCCUCACCGUUCUGCCCCGCACUGCACCCAACUCCACCGCACACGCUCAGCAACCCCGCCUCUCCCUUCCUCAGCUCCAACCGCCAGCAGCACAGACAAACCCUCCCCCAGGCAGCCCGAGCCUAUCCCGAGCCUAUCCCGAACCAGACUCCGAGCUUCCCAGAAACCCAUGCGUGGGAGCCUCGGUCCAGGGUCGGUGGAGGAUGAGAAACGGUCUGUACCGCUGGGAACCGUUCUUCUGCGCGCACAAGGAGCUGCCUGCUAGCAGCUGGAUUGCUGCUCUGGAGCAGAGGAGCAUUCGGGAGAUCAGCAUUGUGGGGGACUCGCACCAGCGGUAUUUCACAGCGCACUUGUAUUAUCUGCUCAUGGGACGGGCGGAUAUGGGAGUGAAGAAGUGGCGGGAUAAUCUGUUUUAUUCCGCAAAGGAUGAAGAGGGGAGGGAGCUGAAGAUCAACUUUUACUGGAUUGAUGGGAUCUACCGGAAUGGGGAGUUUGGGUGCAGUCAUCGUGGCGCCACAACCAAUCGGACGACUCAGUUCCCCAACAUCUCAUCCACUGCUGACGUCACCCUCUUUGAAGGAGGCUACUGGGGUGCGUCUUUCUGCAAGCAGCCUCUUAAAGCCCUCCGGGUGUACCUGCGGGAGUUUGUGCGCUGGGGCAUUUCCGCCGUUGCGCCCGGAAAAGGCCGGGUGGUUUUCCGCACUAUCCCCUCGUUUGCAGUGAGGUGGAGCUCGUGUAAUCGGUACAAUGGCCCGAGAACGAAUCGAGCGGGCAUGGCUGUGAACGCACUCUUGAAGCGAAUCGUGCACGGGGGAACCAGGAGAGGAGAAGGGCGCACAGGAGAGGGGGGAAGGAGGGGAAGAGGGGAGGGUGGAGGGGAAGGUGGAGGGGAGGGAGUGGCUUGGCAAGACCUGGACGAGAGCUUGCAACGGCUGCCUGGUGAAGAGUUGGAAAGAGGAUCUCAUGUGGGGGGAAAUGACGCGCUUCGAGAUUCAUCUGCUGAGGCGGCUCAAGGGAACUCGAGAGAAUCAAGAAAUACAGCAUGCUUGCGAGCCUAA